AUGGUCAGAUACGCUGCUACUCCGGCCGAUGACUCGAAGGCUGCCAAGUCGCGUGGUUCUUAUCUCCGUGUUCACUUCAAGAACACCCACGAAGUUGCUGCUGCUAUCCAAGGUUUGAAGCUUACUAAGGCUUACUCUUACUUGAAGAACGUCAACGAGCACAAGGAAGCUAUCCCUUUCCGCCACUUUAACGGUGGUGUUGGCCGUACUUCCCAAGUCAAGCAAUUCAAGACGACUCAAGGUCGCUGGCCCGUCAAGUCUAUCAAGUUCGUUACUGACUUGCUCAAGAAUGCUGAAUCCAACGCCGAAGCUAAGGGUUUGAACGUUGAGGAACUUUACAUUUCCAGCAUCAUUGUCAACCAAGCUCCUAAGCACCGUCGUCGUACUUACCGUGCUCACGGUAGAAUCAACCCUUUCAUGUCUUCUCCUUGUCACAUUGAAGUCAUCCUUACUGAGAAGGCUGAGUCGGUUCCCCAAGCUGCUGGCAAAAAGGUUGUUCGUUUGAAUGCUCGUCAAUUGGCUCGUAAUGCUCGUCUCGCUGUUAACAACAAGCAGUAA